AUGGGUUGUUUCAGCAGCAAACACCGAGCAACAGAGAGUGACGUCCUCAAUGGCAGCUUACAGAGCUCAAUUCGAACCAAUCAAUCUCAAUCUCAUGUCUCUCGUCACGUCCCCGAGCCUCAGAAAUCGCUACCUCCUCAAAUUCCGACAACGAACCACACGAAUCAUCAUCAACCACAACCACAACAACAACGACGACAAGAACAACCCAAACCCGUUAAUCAGAUAAUCGAAGAGAAACAGGUUUUAACACCAUUGAAACCCAUCGCUCUACGAGAAACAGAGACAAUUCUAGGCAAACCCUUUGAAGAAAUCAGGAAACUUUACACGCUCGGCACCGAGUUAGGUCGAGGCCAAUUCGGCAUAACCUACACUUGCAAGGAGAUUUCAACGGGGGACACAUACGCCUGCAAAUCGAUACUCAAGAGGAAGCUAGCGAGAAAGCAAGACAGAGACGACGUGAAGAAAGAGAUUCAGAUAAUGCAGCAUUUGUCAGGACAAGAGAACAUCGUUGAGAUCAGAGGCGCUUACGAAGACAGACAGUCGAUACAUCUCGUGAUGGAGCUGUGUGGUGGGAGUGAGUUGUUCGAUAGGAUCAUAGCUCAGGGGCAUUACUCGGAGAGAGCAGCUGCUGGUGUUAUCAGGUCGAUUCUGAAUGUUGUGCAGAUUUGUCAUUUCAUGGGAGUGAUGCAUCGUGAUCUCAAGCCUGAGAAUUUCUUGCUCGCUAGUAAAGAUGAGAAUGCUAUGCUUAAAGCUACUGAUUUUGGAUUGUCUGUGUUCAUCGAAGAAGGGAAAGUUUACAGGGAUAUAGUAGGAAGUGCUUACUAUGUUGCUCCUGAAGUGUUAAGACGAAGUUAUGGAAAAGAGAUUGAUAUUUGGAGUGCAGGGAUUAUUCUAUACAUAUUGCUUUGUGGUGUACCUCCUUUUUGGGCAGAAACUGAGAAGGCGAUAUUUGAACAGAUUAUAAAAGGAGAAGUUGAUUUUGAGAGCGAGCCAUGGCCUUCUAUAUCUGAGAGUGCUAAAGAUCUUGUGAGGAAGAUGCUCACUAAGGACCCCAAGAAACGAAUCACUGCGGCUCAAGCUCUUGACGGAGAAGCACCGGACAAGCCUAUUGAUAGUGCUGUGUUGUCGCGUAUGAAGCAAUUCAGAGCAAUGAACAAGCUUAAGAAGCUAACUCUCAAGGUUAUUGCAGAGAGUCUAUCAGAAGAGGAAAUUAAAGGUCUUAAAACCAUGUUUGCGAAUAUGGAUACCGAUCAAAGCGGCACAAUCACAUACGAAGAAUUAAAAACCGGACUGGCUAAACUCGGUUCUAAACUCUCUGAAGCUGAAGUUAAGCAACUCAUGGAAGCUGCUGAUGUAGAUGGAAAUGGAACAAUCGACUACAUAGAGUUUAUCUCAGCAACAAUGCAUAGAUACAGAUUGGAUAGAGACGAGCACUUAUUCAAAGCGUUCCAAUACUUUGACAAAGACAACAGCGGGUUUAUCACAAUGGAUGAGUUAGAGUCAGCCAUGAAAGAGUAUGGUAUGGGAGAUGAUGAAGCUAGCAUCAAAGAAGUUAUAGCGGAAGUAGAUACUGAUAAUGAUGGAAGAAUAAACUAUGAAGAAUUCUGCGCCAUGAUGAGAAGUGGUUUAAAUAUGACGAGUAUGAAUGAAGACUUCUCUGCUCCACCUCCUCUUGGACCGGAACUGUUUAAUGGAAAAUGGAACGUUCAAGUUAUAGAUGAUGAUGGAAAUAUUACUUUAGAAAAGGUAACUGGGAAGCAAGUCUGGAGCAUGCAGAAACGUCGAGUUAUUGUAAAUUUUAAUAGGAGGGGACAACCAAUAAAAGAUUCAGGAGGAUUAUUAGGUUCUUGGUUAGGUAGUUUGAGCUACGAUCUUAAUAUUCUUCCUAUUAACUACACUGAUUGGAGGAAAGUUCCUAACUAUAGGAAGGAGAUGGCAUGGGACAGUUAUUCAGGAGUCAGAUGCAGGGACUUAAAGCAACGCUUUUGGAAAAUUCAUAAAAGAAAUACUCCAAGAGAAUCAAUUGAAGCUCGACCAACAUUGAUUCCGGAAGAUCAAUGGAUAGAUUUUGUUCAUUCUCGGUUCACAGAUAAAGCCAAGAGAUGUAAUACGAAAAGUAGAAGCCAUUUAAAAGUACCACAUGUACUUGGGAAAAAGAGUUUGGCAAGAAGAGGUUAUGAGAUGGAAGAAGAAAGUGGUCUUGAACCAAGUCGAGCAGAACUCUUUAUUGCAUCACGUACGAGGAAAGAUGGCAGUAUGGUUUGUGAGGAAGCAAGAAUAUGUGUGGACAAACUUAAGGAAGUUAUGAAUCAUAAACUUCCAGGCGAAACAUCCUUGAAGAAUGAUGUUGUUGCUCAAGUUUUUGGUCCAGAGCAUUCAGGACGAGUUCGUUUCUUAGGUCGUGGUGUGACCCCAUCUGAAUACUUCUCAAGUUUGGACUCUACAUCAUCAAUUAAUGUAGAAUUAGUUGAGAUCAAGUCAACAGUGAAGAAUCUGGCAGAUAAAGUUGAUAUUGUUGCUAGCGCUUUUCAAGCUUAUAUUGGAUCCACAUGCAGCCAAUUCAAGGUGAAUGAGACAGAUAGAGACGCAAUGGUUAACAUUCUUACACAAAAGCAAUAUCUAAGGUAA